UCAGGGUGUGACGCAUACCGUUCAUAACAUGUGAUUGGUUGUGGGGGUCGUCAGUCGGACUCAAACGGAAUGGUUAAUUUUUAAGAGGCUGCUAAAAACUGUUGUAUUUCUUUUAGAAACACACCUCCCAGCCAAGCUGGUCCCGCCGCACAGUCAUGGCUACCAAGAAAAAUGUCAAAAUGAACCUCAAAUCUAAAGAUAGUACUAAGGUCCAGGCAACCAGCAAGAAAGGAAAGAAGGCCGAUUCUGGUUCCAGUAGCAGCACAUUCUUCACCUGGUUUAUUGUUCUUGCUCUCCUGGGCGUCUGGACAUCCAUAGCGGUGGUGUACUUCAACCUGGUUGACUAUCAAGGAGUUCUUGGUAAGCUGGUGGCGUAUGAUAAAGACGGGGAUGGUGACUUUGACCUUGAGGAUGCCAAAAUUCUGCUCGGACUGCAUCAGAAGACGGUAGACGUUGCUUUCCAUGAUGAAGAUGCUGCUGACCCCGUGGUGACGUAUGAUCCUGAACCUUCAACUGAGGAACUGAACGAGGAAACUGUUGACGUUGCUUCCCAUGAUGAAGAUGCUGCUGAGCCUCUGGAGACCUCUGAUCCUGAACCUUCAGCUGAGGAUGUAGUGGAGCCUGACCCUGUGCCUGUGGAAGAUGAUUGGGAAGCGAUGGAAGUGGAUUUACUCAGCACAGGUACUGGACCUAAUACAGAUGCAUUACCUGAGGAUUUGGCUGAGGCCCUUGUGGAUGAAUCUUUAUUUGAACAAGAACCUCGGGAUGAACAAGAACAGGAGACAGCGGAGCCUCCUGAGGUAUUUGAGGAGGAUCCCGAGGUAGUGGAGGAGGAGCCUCCCGCCGUUGAAUCGGCUGCCGAAGAGGAACCUCCGGCUGGAGAGAUGCCAGCUGCUGAACUCGAGGAAUCGGCAGAAGAUAUGGAGGAACCUGCUGUAGAUUAUGUAGCAGACGAGGAAGUUGCACUGGAGGACCACUUGGAGAUGGACGAUGGAGUUAUGGAGACCACAAACGAUGAGGAAGAAGCAGCAGGACAAGUUGUUGAGGACGAAGACCAAGGAGUAGAGGAAGUCCCGUACGAGGAGCAUGUUGAGGAUCCAGCACUAUCAUAUGAUCCCACCGAAGAAGAGGCUGAUCCAUUUGAAAUGGAAGAGCAGGCAUCUCCAGUAGAAGACCACCAGGCGUUGCCCUCAGAGGAUACCGAGGACGGUCUUUAUGAUUCCAUGGAGGAGCCCACAGAAGAGGAGGAUGAGGUUGCUACCUUUGAAGAGGAAGAAGAGGAGGUGUACGCAGAGGUGGAAGAAAUUGCAGACGUCGCACAUGAAAACGAUGCAGAUGCGGACGUGACAGACGGGGACACGAACCCACCUUCAUACGAACCCGUAGUAGAACACACGCUUGCUGAAGACGACGCAAAGGCAGCAGAAGAACGACUCGCUGCACCAAAAGAGCAGGAAGCGGAAGAAGUACCCGACUCUCCGUUAGAAGAGGCGGAAGAGACAGAAGGGAGGAGUGAACAAUAACGGGCGUCGGUACGGUCAUAUGUAUAUUUUUUUAAUCGUGGCGUUGAUCACCCUUAACACUAGUAGCCAGCAGUGAGUUCCAGACCUCAGUCAUUGUGAUUUUUAUGUCUUUUAAUGUGAAUGGACAGACGGACGUACAGUUGAGGUCAAAAUGAUACAUGGCUCAGGUUGGUGGAGCGGUCGUCUCCCAACCUCCAUCCUCCUGUGACCAUGCGGAAGCAUCCUUGAGCAAGAUACGCAACCCCCGGCUGCGCUUUGACUCCCUUGCAGGUGAUACUACACAAAUCAAAUACCACUUACCAUUCAUAAAAUCAAUAUUUUUCUCCCCAUGACACGGGCCCUAACUCGGGGUGUAAGGCUACGGCGUCCUCGUGGUUCGCUACAUACCUCGGGUCACGGUUGGGUUCAUUUUUUGUUACGGUAGGGGAGCAAAAUGGCUUUUGUGUGAAGUGAAGUUGAAAAUGAAUGAAGCAUGGAAAUGCAACCUGAUGGCUGGCGAUUCUCCAAUAAAUUAAAUGCUCGACUGAAAAUAAAGAUAUAGCAGGCAGAAAAAUGGUCUUAUGUGGGGGGGGGGCACUUUGACACAUUUCGUGCAUCGAAGAUGCAUGAGCCAAGGGACUGAAGAUCAAUAUACUGUAACGUAAGCUAUAUAAGCUUUGUGUCAUGGAUGACCAAGAAAAUUUGUGCAAUGUCUAAUAAUAUCUCCGUAACUGCUCAUUUUAUUUUUACAAUAAAAUAAAAAACUAGUAGCGGGUCAAAAAUGGCCUCCAGGCCGCACUUUGGCAGUGGCCGGCAGUGCAUUUGGUACCUGGGCCUUCAGUGAGACCUUAGCUGGCCAGACGACCAUAAUGAUGACAAUGUGUUGGCGCUGCAACAAUUAAUCGACGAUCAAUCAAUUGUCCGUUUAGUCAACAACUCUUCCGGUGUUUGAUUAAAGCGUUUUUUUUAAUGUAUAAAUGUAAAUAUCCUCUGAUUUCAGCCUCUCAAAUGUGAAUAUUUUCUAAAUUUGCUUCGUCAUCCAUGAAAGCGGUUUUAGGCAAGACUGUGGAAAACACUGAUGGACGUUUUUGACUCUUUUUCUGGUAUGUUGGCAACCAAACCACAAACUCUUUGUGUUUGCUUCAUAAUGAUUUGGUCACAUUACUCAAUUCAUGGAAACCUCAAGCUUCAGAUUCCUCGACUGACAAAGUAGUAAUUAGUUGCAGCCCUGUUGUUAUAGCAGAAAUCUGAUUGGUUCAAGAAACAGCCCCAUCGCUAAUAGUUGAACAAGAAGAAAAAACAUUCUUAUAUAAAAUGUAGUGCAAUAUGAAUAAAAUAUAUUUAAAGUAAAAAGUUUAUAAGAAACGAUUUGUAUUUUCACAAAUAGUGUGUAAAAAUGUAAGUAAAUACAGGUAAAUGUACACUUUAUACAAGGGAGGGCAGACAGUACAGCGCAAUAAUGUUGUGAAUUAUCUUUCACAGACAGGUGAGGUAUUGUAGAGCUGGGUGGCGUGUGAAAUGAAUGAAGUCCUGUAGCGUUCACUGUGGGAACGGAACCGGAGGAGUAUGUUGGAGAGUGAGCUCCGCUGCCCCUCUGUUGUCCGAUGGAGUGGGUGGGGUUGUCCGUGACGGAGAGCAGUUCGUCCAGCGUCCACCUGUCUCUCUCACAGUUGCAAACGCCCGAUAGACUGUUGGCAAUAAAUGAAUCCAAUUUUAUGGAACAAAUCAUUUAAGUUGUAAAUGUAGGUCAGUGCUUAUGAGUGUUGAGGUCUGCAGAGGAGGCCUUGGGCAGCGUGUGGGGAAAUCCAACUGAAGGGUCCAUACCGGAAUAUUUGAAUACGAUAUGUUCGGACUGGCCCUUUUUUGAAAUGAGUCUAGGAGUCUCUAGGACAGUUUACAAUUUAAUUCAAACAGUAGCAGAUGCAAACAAUUACCAUGCCAGCACUGGAGAGAGCGAUUAGCUGCCAGUGAAGGUUUCGUAGAGUCCAAUGGACCUCUGAAGAUGUUGGGAUAUUAGUCUAGUUUUGGGCAGCUAAAAAGAUUAAAAAGGUGGCAUAUCUCAAAAGUGUGUGUGUGCACGCGCAGAUAAAAACAGGCUGCAUUUGUUCCGAGGGAAAAGUCUGAGUGUGUUACGUCUCUGUGGUAGAUGAGCACAAACAUGUUGUCGUACUUGCCUAAAAGAGAGUGGAAAAUAUUUAAUGUAAGAUUUAACGUUAAUCAACUGCUCAGGUGUGUUUUUGAAGCACAAGCUCAAUCAUUUUCACCCAAUCCUUCAUAAAGACAUCUUCAAAGUUGAUGUUUUAUUGAAAAGUGGCCCACGAUGAUGAUGGUUCACUUCAGAAAUGCUAUGAAUAUCGCUAAAGUUCCUCGGGGGGGCUAAUCAUUUUGACCUCAACUGUACAAUGCGACAAGUCUGUAAGUUAUUGUUUUAGAGAUAUUUAUUAAUAAAAUGGAUUUGUGGAGAGAAAUGAUGAACAUCAGAAAGACCAGUGGAAAUAUGCAAACAACUUGACUGUUUUUGUUUUUUGUUUCAAAUUUACCUUCUUGAGAAUAGGUAUGAAAACUUUUGGAUAUAGAUUUUACUCCGUAUGUUUUUGGUACUAGGGACCAUUUGGGUGCUGAAUAAAUUUUUGGUUAUGAUCCACAUUCUGUUUGUUUUAUUUCUGUUUUCUCGCCAUCUGUUUAUAAGGCGUGGCCACCGGAGCACGCGGAAGGAGGUCGUCAGUGCCCAGUCUUUUAUGCUGUCUGCGCUCUGUUCCUGUCCGACUUACCUACCCACAUACUGGUCCAAAGUGUGGCCCACAGGUUAUUAUUUAUUGGCCCCGUGGCAUAUUCCAAAAAUACAAUUAAACUGAGAAAAAAUAGCAAAAGUAAAAAUUAAAAAAAAGUAGCAUAAAAGGUUUAAUGAAAGGAGAAAAAUGUAGAAAUAUUAUUGUGUUUUGUCCCGUACAGUACAAGUUUCACUUUUGCGGCUCACAGCAACUAUGGUGCGUUCAAGGACGGCCGAACAAAGUACAAAUUCUCAAAGCUUGAUGAAACACAUGAUCAGUGACACACAGACAUAAAUUGUGAAAUGGUGGGCUUGGGUUUUUUUUUAACCGUGGUAAAUGUAUGCUGUACAUUUGAUGGUGAAUGAGAGGUCUUCUGUGGAAAAAUCAUCCUAUUUUAUAUAUUACGGCUGUCAAAAAUAGCAUAGUGAUAACCAAUUUGUUUCCUGAUUUUUUUAGCGUAAUUAACGCAUGCGCCUCACGUCAAGCCACACUUGGCUGCUGCGUCGGCAGACGAAGGAUAGUGGAGCAUUCCCACACAGUCACACGGAGUCUGCCUCUUUAACAACUUUAUCCUGACAUGAACGCAUCAACAGCAAUGCCAUUCCAACACCUCCAACUCACAAAAACGUCUCUCGUCCUCCUCCGAACGACACUUCCUCGUUGUUAAUAGACCACCGCGAGGUGCGUUCACUGACACUCCGAAAAUCACCAAGUAUUAUGCUUGUAUGUGUGGUCUAAAUAAGCAGAAAGACAAAUAAAAACAAUAAGUGGAAACUCUUAUCACUCUCUAACGUAACUCUUACCGAGGAAGUAUAAUUUGAUACAUUUAAGUAUGCUCAGAAAUCCCAAUCUGCUCUCCCAACGUGAAAUCAGCUAAAAUUACGUGGUGUCCUUGAAGGCAACCCUUCGUGGCUGGUAGUAGCACGGUUAACGUGAUACAAAUGUUGUGCUACUGUUGCACUGAUCUGUACUAAUAAGUCUGGAUAGCUCAUACGUGUAAAAUUCCUCUGAUUAAAUGUAUGUCCAGAAUUGAUAGGUUUAUAU